UUCAGCGUCCGUCGGGAAGCAGUUGACAGCAGCAGACAAGAGCAGGCCGAAGUGGGUAAACAAAACAAACAUAUGAAAAAAAGAGCAAAGAAAACCGAACACUUUGCUAUAAUUUUAUAUCCGUAGGAUGUUUAACAUUGUUAUUAAGCGGCUUGAAUUCCGUUAAAGAAGAAAGUAUUUUGCAAAGGAGGGCGUGCACCUGCCAGAGCUAAACAGGUUAACCUAUAGCUAACGUGUGCUAGCAGCCUCUCAGGUUAGCAGGCUAGCCUUGCAGCCAUGUCGUCCCCCUCCUCCUCCCGGCGCCAGUGGUGCUACCUGUGCGACCUGCCGAAGAUGCCGUGGACUGUGGUGUGGGACUUCAGUGAGGUGGUUUGCCGUGGCUGCGUGAACUACGAAGGAGCUAAUCAGAUAGAGUUCCUCAUAGCGAGUGCCCGACAGCUGAAACGGACCCAUGGGAUGCAGGACGGUAACGUCAGGUCACCUGGUCCCUCGCCCAAUAAACACGGCACAUCUGGCAGAGGAGAUGCGGAGGGAGGCAGGCCGCACAUGGACCGCUUCGAAAGGGGAGGAAGAGGAGAAGUCACCGUGUCAGCUAUUCGUGUGCCCCCCAACGGGCUGCACCGUGACGGCCAGCCUCAACAAGAAGUAAACCGUCAGAGCCCCAGCGGGAGCAGAAGACCCCUGCUAGGCGCUACUAUCAAUCCUAACCUCAUAACUCAAAGUAUCGCAGGGAUUCCCCAUGGGCUACUUGCGGGCAUGACGGCGGGUCUGACCGCCAGGACAGCCCCUAUGAGCAACCCCAUGAUCUUCCCUGCACCGGUGCUGUCCGAGAUGAGCCGCAGACAGCUGGGGAUCGGGAUGGGGAUAGCCCCUUUCAUCACUCCGGAGCUGGAGCGAGAGCUCAGUUCAUCCCAUAACCAGUCCAAGAAUCAGACGCAGAUCCACAGUGCUGUGGCUGGCAGCAGCUCCAGCAAGAGUUCAUGCCUCCCUUCUUCAUCCUCGACCCCAGCUGGAGGUGUGAGCCAGACCAGCCCCAAGCCUGCCUCAUCUCCAGCCAGGCAGCCACGUCCCCUAACCUCCAGGUCUGGAGGGGAACCCCUUGGAUCCAGCUCCUCAGCAGAGGCGGCCACCACAGCUGCAGCGUUACCCCACAGUGGUGCCUCUGAGCUGGGAUCGGCAUCUGCCAGCAACACCCAUUCCACAGGAAACACUCUGUCGUGCACUCUGUGUCAUGAGAGGCUGGAAGACACACACUUUGUACAGUGUCCAUCAAUGGCCGGGCAUAGGUUCUGCUUCCCCUGCACCAGAGUGUACAUCCAGAGCCGGCGGGGCGAUGGGGAGGUGUACUGUCCCAGCGGGGAGCGCUGUCCGUUGGACACGUCUCCCAACAGCCCCCCUUGGGCCUUCAUGCAGGGAGAGGUCUCCACCAUCCUGGGCUCUGGAGGAGCAGGAGCUGCAUCAGCUGCUGCUCCUGGAGCCGGGAACGGGCCGGGAGCAGGGCCCGGGGCCGGGGGCGGAGCUGCCAGCGGAGACGUGACUGUCAAAAAAGAAAGGGAGACGUGAUGGGGAUUUCCAUGGAAACCAAGCCAGGACCUAACACAGCAACAGUCACAGCAUACCAGAAGGAGGCGUCUGCAAUGGAGCUCUGAGAGAUCCAGAGGAGAAGCACCACAGCUCAGAAAACAUUCACAGGUCUCGACUCCAACUACUCACACCACCAAAUUCUAUUGACUAUUCUAUCAAUGAUCAGACCUGAAAUGCCUGAUGUACUGUUGGAAUCAGAUAUUCAGGGCCAAUCAGCAGUGGCUACUUUUUGUCAAGUUACUUGUAGUUGUGCCAGUUGAAACGGCUGAUCACGCCCACAUUAGCACUGCCAGCUAGCUACUGUGAGCAGCUGGAAAUCAAUGGGCUGAAGCAACACAUAUUUUUCAACAGGAGUUUUCUACAAUCCACCAAACUUACAACUACAUUACAAUAACUCUAGAAAUGCUGUAAUGACAUUCAAUAUAUUCUCACUACAUGUUGAAUAAGCACCUUAAGAAACAACCAGUGCCAACAGGACUACUGAACUCUAUAUAUAGCUACUCACCAGUGUAUUCAUAUAUCAUUAUCAUUGAUUUGAUCUGCUAAAGGUAGCUAGCAUAGCAGCAGAAGGUAGCUUGUUAGCAGUAUAGCAAUGUUUUUUGUUUCAAAUGACCCUUCUUAAACUCACAGAGAGUAGCCAUGGUCCACAGUGUUUUGCCAGAAAGCACAAAAGCUUAUUUUGAGGAAUCCAACACAAAUGCUGUUCUAAAAUAGCAGCCACGGUUGUUCUAUAUUUCUUUCUCUUGAUGAUCAAAUGUUUGCCGGCAGCAUGCAGUGGAAGCCAGUUAGAAGUAGCCAUUGUCUCUGCCAGUGCUUGAUCCAAACAAAACAUUUUUGCGUGUACGAAUGCAAUUCACGUGAACAACUGACCGUCAAAUCCAUCAAAUGGACCGUUAUAAUGAAAAGUGUACCUUACAUUUGAAAGACAGAUGUAAUAUGUCUUAAUGUUUUAUGACUGAAUCUGUGUCCUGCCAUACAACCUUUUUUCUUCUAGAAAAUAGUCAAAGAAAUCUCCUCUAAAACGACAUGAAAUAUGGACAUAAUGCCAGUAAUGACAUUUCUCUUUGUGUGUUUUUGAGUUGUUGAUGUUGAAUAGAGCUGACAGUGAGGCAGAGAAAGGAGAGUGUGAGCAGAGACCCGGUGUGUGGAACUCUAUCUAAAUGUUGCUUUCAUACCAGAUCAGCCCAGCCUACGCUUUACCCCGAAUGUAUAUUGAAGAUAUCUAUUGAUAGGCCUAGGACUAUUUUAUACUAGAAUGUUCAAUGUUAGUAUAUACUGUAUAGAUCUAAUAGUUUGUGCAAUCCUUAGUCAUAUGCAAACAUUUGUAAUUAAAACUGAUUGUUUAUAAUUUCUUAAAGAUGUAUUUGUUUUAAAAGUUAGAAUCCACCUAAAAGCAGAACUGUUGUUUCUCCCGAUGGACGCAAGACUUCCGAUCACAUUAUUGGAACGCAGUCCAUAUUUAAAAAAUAAAAAAAAAUGUUUUCAUGGUUGAACUCGGCACAUGGUGACAUUAAUGAUCUUAAUUUGAAUCAAUCACAGUCUUCUGAAAUGUGCUUUCCAUUCACGUCCAUAGAACCAUUCAUGGACGAUCACACAUACUGUAAAUCUGACCAGAGAAUGUACAAAUAUUUAAUGUUCAUGAAUUGAACAAUCCAAAAUUGGUCACACAUUUUAUACAAAUGGUCUUUUCGGGGAUUCUUUCUUUAUGCUCUACAUGUACUCUGCAGUACAGAAGCACAGACAAACCAAAGGUAACUACGCCCAAAUGGAUGUUUCUGGAUGUAAAUGUUUUAUGGAAAUCUAUAUAUAUGGCUAUACUUCUUGGCCAGGUCUCAACCGGCUUUUCUGCAUCAAGCCGUUACAGUUUACAGCCACGUGGUCUACUGUAAUAAUGGGAUUUCAUAUUAAAAGUCUACAGUAUGCAGCAAAUACUGUUAUAUUGAUGAGAGUCCCACAGAUCAGGUGUGUUGUAGAAAAAUGCAUUUGAAGAAGUGGAAUUUCAGUUUAAUAUGCACUGAUACGUCAUGCAAUCCCUUGUUAAGUGCCUUUUUAAAUGUUUACCGUCUGUUUGUGUGUCUGGGAACCUCAGGGGAAGUGCAAUGGCUUCUUUUAUUGUUUGCUCAAUGAUUAACCUGUCCCUGCUGCCGCCAUCACACGGCUCUGCUUUGAUCGAGCCUUUGUAAAGGGGCCAGCCAUUCAUUGUCUCUCCUCACAUCUCUUCCUUUCUUUAUGUGUCAUCUAGAUCUGUUGGCUUUAUUGCAGCUUCAUGUACAAAAUAGAAACCAGGAAUAAACGGGAUGGAAAC